GCCUCAGACCGCGCCGGCCGCGCUCCCGCUCUGCGCUCACACGGGCUCCCGCUGCACCGGCGCUGGACAUGGGCUCCGCGGGCACCCGGCCCGCUCUGGCGGCCGCUCUCCUCUGCCUGGCUCGCCUGGCUCUGGGCUCGCCCUGCCCCGCCGUGUGCCAGUGCCCGGCGGCCACGCCGCAGUGCGCCCCGGGCGUGGGGCUGGUGCCGGACGGCUGCGGCUGCUGCAAGGUCUGCGCCAAGCAACUGAACGAGGACUGCAGCCGAUCGCAGCCCUGCGACCACACCAAGGGGCUGGAGUGCAACUUCGGGGCCAGCCCCGCCGCCCUGAAGGGCAUCUGCAGAGCACAGUCCGAGGGAAGACCAUGUGAAUAUAACUCCAAAAUCUACCAGAACGGCGAGAGCUUCCAGCCGAACUGUAAACACCAGUGUACGUGCAUAGAUGGAGCUGUGGGCUGCAUCCCGCUCUGCCCGCAGGAGCUCUCUCUUCCCAACCUGGGCUGCUCCAGCCCCAGGCUGGUCAAAGUGCCCGGGCAGUGCUGCGAGGAGUGGGUCUGUGACGAAAGCAAGGAUGCACUGGAGGAGCUGGAAGGCUUUUUCAGCGAAGAGUUUGGUCCGGAUGAUUCCGAAGGCGAAUUAACCAGGAACAAUGAGCUAAUUGCCAUUGUGAAGGGAGGCCUGAAAAUGCUACCCGUUUUUGGAUCCGAGCCACAAAGCCGAACUUUUGAGAAUCCCAAAUGCAUCGUGCAAACAACUUCUUGGUCCCAGUGCUCAAAGACGUGUGGAACUGGCAUCUCCACAAGGGUGACAAAUGACAAUCCUGACUGCAAGCUCAUCAAAGAGACCAGGAUAUGUGAAGUGAGGCCAUGUGGCCAGCCCAGCUAUGCCUCCCUAAAGAAGGGAAAGAAAUGUACUAAGACAAGAAAGUCUCCCUCCCCGGUGAAGUUUACUUAUGCUGGAUGUUCCAGUGUGAAGAAGUACCGGCCCAAGUACUGUGGCUCCUGCGUGGAUGGCAGGUGCUGCACACCCCAGCAGACCAGGACUGUCAAGGUCAGGUUCCACUGCGAUGACGGGGAAACCUUCACCAAGAGUGUCAUGAUGAUCCAGUCCUGCCGAUGCAACUACAACUGUCCGCAUGCCAAUGAAGCCUAUCCCUACUACAGACUAGUCAACGACAUUCAUAAAUUUAGGGACUAACUUGUGUUGGGGGUGGGAUGCAAAACAGAAUUUUGAAGUACCCAGCCACGGAGAAAGGACUUUCGAUGGAAGUGGUGCCUUGCCCAUCUGAGGGCAACAUCGAGAUGUUACAGGAGUGCACUGUGCAACUGGACACUAAUGCAACAGAGAUUUAAGCAUACUUAAAGCUUCAUAAUACUGGAGCAACUUUACUGCUUCUUUUUGGAGCACCUUAUCUAAUUAUAUACUGUUUUCUGUUUGUAAGUGAUCAGAUUAAUGUUUUGUUCCGGUUAUGAAAACUUUUCUAUCCUGUUCAGUUUAACACUAUGCUUCUUCCCCUUCCUUCAAUCUUCUCCCACCCUUUCCCAACUAAGUUGGAAGUUACAUUCCUUCCUGAGGUGGGCACCUGUGGGGUGUUCACAGUGGCAGCUAUUAUGUACCAACUGUAGUUUAAUGGCAAACAGAAAUCAGUUGUUUUAAAGCUGAGUAUUUUAUUUAUCAAACUGUAGCUUUUUGUUUGUUUGUUUCCUCUGAGGUUUUUUUACCCCUUCCAGCCCCUGUAAUACUGGAAUAAGUUGUAAAUGAUUUUAAUUUUAUAUUCAAUGAAUUAAAAGAAUUUAUUUAUGGAAUUAAUCAUUUAAUAAAGAAAUAUUUACCUAA